AUGGACCCACACAUUCGUGCCCAGGAGUUGAUACGAUGUGACCAGUGUAAGACUGAAAUGGUACAGGUUCACUGUGAUACGUGUAAUGUCAGACUGUGCAAUUCCUGUAUUGGAGAACACAUGGCAUCUGACGAAUCCAAGAAAAAGCAUGAAAUUAAUAAAGAAAAUGAUAUUGUGGUCAAACUACAAAAGUGGCGACCUUUAAAUGUCUGCAGCACUUCCUCUGGUGAUCUCCUGGUUGUCAUGGACAGUGAUGAUAACAAACAAGCAAAAGUUGUCCGAUACUCUGGCUUUACGGAAAAACAAACGAUCCAGUAUGAUGACGAAGGUAAAUCUGUCUAUUCAGUUAGUUCCCCCAAGUACAUCAACGAGAACAAGAACCUGGAUAUUUGUGUGGCUGACGCUCUUGCUAAUACAGUAGUGGUAGUCAAUCAGGCUGGGAAACUUAGAUUUAGGUAUACCGGACAUACUCCUGCUCAAAAGAAUGAACCAUUGACUCCAUAA